GGAGCUGUAAUGGAAGUCAUGAGCAAGUUCUUAAUUGCAUCGAUACUUAUGUGGACCGUGCCUAUUGCAGUAUUAUACGGGUUUAACCAUAAUUUAUUCCCUGGUUCAGCUAGCUUGUCUGCGGAGUCCCUGACACUGUGGAGUGGAAUCCUUGCAGUGGUCUCCGUAAAUGUGGUUAUUGUGCUCUACAUCAUCUCAGCCAUGAAAGAGCCCUCCUCGGACAAACACGAGCCGGAUCCUAGAUUCCUAGCAGACGCGAAGGCUAGCAUAAAGCAGCAGCCGGGACCAACUGAAGUCGACUCAUCAUCAGACCGUGCAAAACAAGAAUAGCCGAUGUUAACUGAGUACGAGGUAAUUUCAGCUCUGGUUUCUGAAAGAACCCUAGACAAACGAGCAGCGAGAUUAUCAAUAGUUUCAACCUGCUUCACUUUCAUGAUCAGAGUUUGUGUAUGAGCCAAGAAGUCUGAGGUUUUGCUCUUAAUUUACCUUUGCCCUUGUUUUUUUUUUUUUUUUUCCAGAUUUUUCUUGAUUAUUACUACAUUUGGAUAUAGAAUUCAGUUACCACUCAACAUUUUUGUAGUUGAUAUUUAUAAAAAUUGAUGACUUAUUGGACUUUCAUUCCUUAA